GAGGUCAUUUCCAGGAUCACUCUCAAAUCCAGGACCAUAACCACUGUCUUCCUCCUUCAAGCUCUGGAUCCUCUUGCUCGAAGCCUUUUCCUUCUUCUUUCCUCUUUUCAACUGCAAAAUCAUGAUUUACACUCACAAAACUAUGAUGGAAGCAGAAGAUAAGAGAGUUCAAGUACUAUGCCACAAUGGUACACAAAUUGGUCCCUUGUGAAAUAUUAUACAGAAAAUUGAGUAUAUAACAUUUCUUUUUCUGCCAAGAUGAAGAAGUGGUCAGGAGGUAUGAUGAUUGUGGCUCUAGCUGCGAUCUUGGUUUUCAGUUACAGCUUCAUUGGAACUGCAACUAAGCCACAGAACAAGAAACACAAUUCAGCUUAUGAUUUCUUUAACAACCACCCAUCACCGAAUAUUUCCGAUAUCAAACCGAAAAAUCCAACAGAACUCCCCAACAAGCCCCACCUUCUCAAUGUGGAAGGGCUCAACCAGCUUUACAUUUCACGGGACAUUUCAGAAGGUGAUUCAAAGCCGUUGCUCGUGUGGGAUCACUUGCGUGCCCUACUGUCAAGGUCCGAUGCUUUGCCUGAGACCGCUCAAGGUGUUAAGGAAGCCUCUGUGGCAUGGAAAGAUUUGGUCUCCAAGUUUAGUAACAAUGACAAGAAGUCGGAAGAUGAGAAGAACUGUCCUUUCUCUGUGGAUAGACUUGAGGCUGCUGCACUAGGUGAUGGAAUGAUGGUUCUUGAGCUCCCAUGUGGACUUGUUGAGGAUUCUUCCAUUUCAAUAGUUGGCAUCCCUGAUGGGCCCCACAGGAGCUUCCAAAUUCAGCUUCUAGGUUCUCAGCUUUCAGAGGAGCCCAAGGCCUCAGUUGUCUUAAAUUACAAUGUUAGCCUGCCAGGUGAUAACAUGACAGAGGAGCCAUUUGUGGUCCAGAAUACAUGGAUUGAGGAACUUGGGUGGGGCAAAGAAGAAAGAUGCCCGGCUCACCGGUCUUCUAACAGCCUGAAAGUUGAUGGACUUGUUCUUUGCAAUAAACAAGUUUUUAGAAGCUCUCCAGAUGAAAAUCUAAGUGUAAGCCAUCCUAGUGGUGACAUGUCGACCAAUGUUUCCCGCAUAAGUGACCGUGAAACUGCUAGUUUCCCAUUUGUUGAAGGGAUUCCUUUCACUGCCACAUUAUUGGCUGGUGUGGAGGGAUUCCACAUGACUGUGAAUGGAAGGCACGAGACGUCUUUCGCAUAUAGGGAGAAACUAGGACCAUGGUUAGUUAGCAAAGUCAAAGUGGACGGCAGUUUGAAUGUCUUAUCUGCAUUGGCGAAAGGCUUGCCUGUUUCUGAAGAUCGCGAUCUAGUUAUUGACGUCGAGCAUCUUAAAGCUCCGCCUAUCCCAAGGAAACGACUAGUAAUGUUGGUUGGGGUUUUUUCUACUGGAAAUAACUUUGAGCGUCGGAUGGCCCUGAGGCGGUCUUGGAUGCAAUAUGAGGCUGUACGUUCUGGGGAUGUAGCUGUCCGAUUCUUAAUUGGACUUCACAAGAACAAGCAAGUGAAUUAUGAGUUGUGGAGAGAAGCUCAUGCUUAUGGAGAUAUCCAAUUGAUGCCGUUUGUUGAUUAUUACAGCCUGAUCAGUUUGAAAACAAUUGCAAUUUGCAUUAUGGGGACGAAAGUCCUGCCUGCUAAAUUUAUCAUGAAAACGGACGACGAUGCUUUUGUUAGGAUUGAUGAAGUUCUGUCCAGCCUUAAGACGAAGCCGUCAAACGGUCUCUUGUAUGGUCUUAUAUCGUUCGAAUCAUCACCCCACAGGGAGAAAGACAGUAAAUGGUUCAUCAGUGAUGAGGAAUGGCCCCAUCCUUCAUACCCGCCAUGGGCACAUGGUCCGGGGUAUGUCAUCUCUAGAGACAUCGCCAAGUUCAUCGUUCAAGGGCAUCACAAAAGAGACCUCAAGCUUUUUAAGCUUGAAGAUGUUGCAAUGGGGAUAUGGAUUGAACAAUUCAAGAACAGUGGUCAAGAAGUGCAUUACAUCACUGAUGAGAGGUUCUACAAUGCUGGGUGUGAAUCAAACUACAUUCUUGCCCAUUACCAAAGCCCCAGACUGGUGUUGUGCCUUUGGGAGAAGCUUCAGAAAGAGCAAAAGCCCAACUGCUGCGAGUAAAGGGAAGUUUCGGAUCAACUCGAGUCCCCAACAUGAAGACCAGUUCCAAAGAUAUAGAUCAUAAGAUCGAAUGAUAUGAUGUGAAACCGUGGUGGAUGUUACAAUUCAAUUCAUAUUCCUUUUUGGGGUUCCUUAGAAACCUCUUAUGGGGGACUGUACAAUGUUCUCUAACAUGACUAUGUUGGAGUG